ACCCGUUUGUUUUGGUAGUCGCUGCUCCGACACUCCCUUGAGACCGUAGAUGCAGCAGAAUGAAACCACGUGAUUGUGCUUCAGUCCUGUGGUUGGCUGCUGCGGCCGCUGCGGAUCAGCUGCUCUCUGCGGAUCUCGGGAUGCGACAACGGAACCGCUCUGAGUGCGCGGAGCAGCUCAGCGGGAACAGCGGCUCUGUGCAGGACAGCGACCCGGAGCUGAAGCAGCGACCCGGCCAGGGAGCAGCGGGGCCCGCAGCCGACGGCCGUCAGGUCCCGGAACAAGAACGGAGCAUGAAAAAACCGUUCAGGAGGUUGGGUCUGCUGGGGAAGCUGAAGAGGGUGGUGCUGUGGCUACUGCUCGUCUACGUCUCCAUUCCCUUCGUCAUCAAAUUGUGUCCGUCCAUUCAGGCCAAACUCGUCUUUCUCAACUUCGUGAGGCUGCCAUUUUUCAUCGACCUGAAACGACCCCUGGACCAGGGAUUGAACCACACGCACAACUUCUACAUGGAGCCUGAAGCGGGAUUCAGGAUCGGGGUGUGGCACACGGUUCCUGCUCACAUGUGGAGGGAAGCUCAGGGCAAAGACGGCACCUGGUACGACUCCACCUUCGCUCACACCCACCCCGCCAUCCUCUAUCUCCAUGGAAACGCAGGGACCAGAGGCGGCGACCACAGAGUCCAGCUGUACAAGGUCCUCAGUUCGUUAGGAUACCACGUGGUCACAUUCGACUAUAGAGGCUGGGGUGACUCCGAUGGGUCUCCCUCGGAGACCGCGAUGACCUCCGACGCGCUCUUCAUGUACGACUGGCUGAAGCAGCGAGUGGACAAGAAGCCGCUCUACAUCUGGGGCCACUCUCUGGGGACGGGAGUGGCCACCAACCUGGUUCGCCGGCUGUGUGACAGAGGGAGUCCUCCAGACGCUCUGAUCCUGGAGUCGCCCUUCACCAACAUCAGGGAGGAGGCCAGGAGCCACCCGUUCUCCACGGUGUACCGGUACCUGCCCGGGUUCGACUGGUUCUUCUUAGACGCCAUCACAGCCAACAACAUCCGCUUCGCCAGCGACGACAAUGUGAAUCACAUCUCCUGUCCGGUUCUGAUCCUCCACGCUGAGGACGACACUGUGGUUCCGUUCCAUCUAGGCAAAAAGUUGUACAGUUUAGCCUCAGAGUCAAAGAGCCUCGUCGGACACAAGGUCCAGUUUGUCCCCUUCCACUCGUCUCUUGCCUACAAGCACAAGUUCAUCUACAGGAGCCCGGAGCUGCCCCACAUCCUCAGCGACUUUCUGGGCUCCGCUCAUCCCGUCGCCGGCUGACGGGCUCAACCCAACUCGCAUCAUUCCAAGUUCUGUCUGACUCCACAGAACCGCCGGGACGUUAUGCUUCUGUUACAUUAGUGCUGCUCCAGACAGACCCUGAGUCGCUGCUUGUGAGCAUCUGGCUGCAGGUUUCUCUCUCACUGACUUGAAUUAAAGAUUUGUUUUAUGAA